AAACCGUGCAGUUCAACUUACCACUGCUCUUCCCCUCGUUGUUUCUCUUCCCUUCUCACCACCUUUGCCAACGAGCUAGGCGUCAAUUCCCUGCGGGCAAGGUAACUCAAUUUCGCUCGGUUUUAGCAUGCCGCCUCUGUUACUCCUACAGGAAAAAAAUGCUCGUGCUCCCUCUUCAGGGUGUUAGCGUUUAAACGAACGGUUUUUUUGUUUUCUUAUUGACUACUUCUUCUUCCGCUAUAUGUUAUCGUUCUGAAAUUCCAAUUUGACAUUUUAAGUGGCAAACGAAACGAAAAGUAAACAACCAGCGCCGCGUAAAGUGAAAAAUUAUUUUAGCUUUCAGUAAUAGAAAAAAUGUCUUCGAGUUUUGAUUCCAACCUCCGGCGGCAGCGAAAGCGGUAUUUGGAAGAUUUGGAGCGAGAAACAGAGGCGGAAUGGAACCAGAUAAUUUGCUCCAGAUCGGACGGAGAAGUAGAAAUUUCUUUUCCAAAUAUGAUAAAUGACCAAACUGCCGAUACUAACAACAAUGGUGAUGGUAAUGAUACUAACAACUUUAUGGAUAUGGACGUUGAUUUGGGAAAUAACAUAGAUGAUGUAGAUAGUAUUAGAAACAAUGUGGAAAGUGAUCAUGAGGAUGCCGAUUGUGACGGUGAUGAUAAUAUCACAGCAGGAUGGGGGACUGCUUACAGUUUCUUAGAGAAAUUGACGGGGACAGAAGCUCUAAAAUACUGGGCAAAUUUGGGAAACCUGCCACGAUCGUUACUUAAUAUGCUUCUGGCGAUCUUAAGGCAUCAUUUCAACAUAGAUGUUCCAAAAGAUUCGCGGACAUUCCUCAAAACCCGCACCCGGACCGGUUUGGAAAUUCAAUCGCUCGCGGGUGGACAAUUCUGGUAUCAAGGGAUUAAGACGGUCCUGCAACAACAUUUUCGAAAUGUCAUUCCCGAAGAAGACCUUUUUACGAUUCAAGUGUCUAUCGACGGGCUGCCACUGUUCAGAAGUUCGAAACGUGGACUGGAAAAACCGGAGCUGGUGGAAGAAUAUUUUCGGCCACUAGUGUUGGAGAUCAAUGAUCUUCAACAAAGAGGCUUGCAGUUCGGCAACAAGCAACUGCAAACUAUAAUGCAAAGCAUGGGUGUUUAA